UGUUCGCCGCCAAUUCUUCCCUCUUUUCUCGACACUCUGAAAUACUGCCACAUCUCCUUCUCAUUUUCUGCACUAGCCAGUUUCCCGAUGCUCUCUCUAGCCAGAAGAAUCCAAGCCCCCCACCGCUUUCUCCAGAUUGCGGCGGCGCAGCAGCUCCGCCAUGCUCGAACUGAAUCCGGCAACGACCGCCCACCCCGUAGCCGGCGGCGUUCUUCCAAGUUCUCUCCGUCGGCGAUGUUGAGGAAAGCCGAGGAUAAGUCGGAGUGGUGGGUGGUGGACGGUGAAAUGCACGAAAUUGGGGAAAAUGUGCCGCUGCGAGAGCGCUUUGUGAUCCCUAGGGAUAACAUUCCUAAUAAGCGCCGGAAGCAGCUCCGAGAGCAGUUCAUGCGACGCACUCGCCUCGUUCUCAAGGAAUCGGAGCAUGAGCCUUGGUGCAAAAGAUACAUGGAACUAUAUAACGAGCUCAGAGAAAAUUGGGAGAGGUUGUAUUGGGAUGAUGGCUAUUCUAAGAAACUUGCUGAGGAUCAUGCUAAUUAUGACUCACCCGAUGAUGAUGAUGAAGAUUUCAAUCCUUACAGGAAUAGACAGCCCCAAGCAGAUCAAAUCAAGCUGCAGGUUCAAUUUGUGGGGAGAAACAAGGAAAGCGACACCUGGGAAAAAGCUAGCCAAAUCCGUGACAAAUUUGAAUAUGAUAGAGAGAGAAGAAUGAGAGAAAAAGCAUUUGCCCCAAUGAAUGCAACGGAUGACUCUGAUAUGAAUCGCACAGUCUCAAGGAAUGAGCCCUUUGACAUCAGAAGAUACAUUUCUGAAUCCGAGGAAGGGUGACUGACAGAAUGAAGGAUUUUAUUCUGGAAAUAGUGAUACCCUUUGCUGUACAGUGAUAAAUUAUUGCCCUUCAAGUAGCAGUUUCCUGGUGCAAGAUGAUCAUGCUUCACCAAUGAAAGAGAUGUUCAUUUCUACAAGUUCGGAUCUUGAUUAUGAGAGAAGAUCUGCCUGGGUAUCAAAAAUGGCAUUGUCUGAUAAUUUCAACCUAUAAGCUCUUAACUUGCAAUUCUCCUAGGAUCGAGGUUGCUCAUGUGAAUUCAUGAUGUGAGAGUACAAGAUGAUAUGCCUCUCGUGUAAGUUUUUUUUGGUAGGCAGAUGCAAUUCUCCUAUGACUUUUUUUUUAUUUCAAGCAUUUUCAGAGCAUCAAUUGAAGAACUUACUUUAUGCUA